GAAAAAAGGGUCUUUCGCUGAAGAACUUUCAUUUAUUCUGCACCUCUGUUGAAGCAGAUUUUGAUCGAGUGUUUGCAAAAUCAGAAUCCAAUUUCGAUUUCCAUUUCAAAAUCAGGAAUCAAAUCUAUGUCUGCAUCAUAUUGAUUGAAUCCGCAGGAGAUUUUGAUUUUUGGGUCUUUUAAAUAUGCGCUUGUGAGCUGAUAAAAACCAAAAAGCUACAAUUUUGUGAAUUAUUUUAGUUGUCGAGUGGAAUUGCUUGGGAUUCUAAAUGGAAGAGACUGGGGAUGCUGUAAAGGAGAAGAAAUUAGUUUUUGUAACUGUGGGAACUACUUGCUUUGAUGCUCUUGUUAGAGCCGCGGAUGCUCAGGAUUUGAAGGGGGAGUUGUUAAAAAGAGGGUAUACCCAUCUCCUCAUUCAAAUGGGUAGAGGGUCCUAUAUCCCAACAAAGUCAGCUGGAGAGGAUGGUUCCUUGGCUGUGGACUACUUUACAUUUUCUUCCAGCAUUGCUGACCAUCUGAGAUCAGCAUCUCUUGUGAUUAGUCAUGCAGGAUCUGGUAGCAUAUUUGAGACUCUGCGGCUUGGUAAACCUCUAAUUGUGGUGGUGAAUGAAGAUUUGAUGGAUAAUCAUCAAAGUGAGCUUGCAGAAGAGCUAGCAGAGAGGAAGCAUUUGUAUUGUGCUCGUCCUCAGAACCUUUGUCACACAAUAGCCAGCAUGAACUUGGAGUCUCUGCUUCCAUACUGUCCAGGAGAUGCUACACCAAUUGCCAAACUUAUAAACAGGUUCCUAGGUUUUCCAGAUGAUUGAUAAAACUGUAUAGCUUACAACUUCAGUUCAGGAAGAGGCCUUGAGCCCUUGAGAUGCUUCAUGUGUAUGAAUGAGGCAUCUAUAGGAAGUUCCAAUAUUCUGAAUGGAUUCUUUGCGUAUUCCACUGAACUUUUGCAUCACUCAUUACUUUUUGUGACAGAUAAUUGGAAACAUGAAUUACUUUAACUGCUGCAAACAAAGGUAGGAGUUAUCCUUUGGCCUUUUGCACUCAUAUGGCAGUGAUGGUCAUGACAUGGUUUGGCUUGCCUGCAUAUCCAUCAAGGAAUCUUAGGUAGCCAAAAUUAAAAUCCUGUUUAGUAAGGAGUGCUGGUGGGUACAUUGAUGGUCUUUUGCGAUGUUUCCAAAAAGGAGUUUUGAUGAUAUGCUUGAUAUUUUAUUUAUUUUAUCUGUAAAAACUGUCAGAUGCAAAAAUGUAAGGGUAGAUGUAAAUGUU